UUGGCGCGCUCAGUCGCCAGUCGACGGGGAGCGUUGACGAUUGACGGUGUGUUUCAAAUUGUUGUCGGACAGCUAAACGGAUGUGCUGUGAUUUUUGUCUUGUGAAGCAGUAUUUCUUGCAUUUAUUUGAAAUUAGCAAAAAGCAGUAAAGAUUUUUAAACAAAAUACUCAAACACACGUGCGAGUGGAUACAUGUGCGCUAAGUGCAGAGUGAAAAGUGAAAGAAUUAUGUAAAUAAUGCAGUGACCAGUUCGCAGAAGCCAAUAAAGAACGCGAAAUCUGUGCGCCAAGACGAGUUCGGUGAAGAAUAAACAAUUAUUAUAUACUAAUGUGUGUUUAUUUGUAUGUGAGAAAUUUGUUUGAAUAUUAAUUUGCAAAGAGUGUUGAAGUUGUUUACGAAAUAUCGCGCAUAUUUACCGGAAAAAAAUAUUUUUACAUACAUGUAUGCAUGUAUGUAUGCUGUUAUGUGUAUACAGAAUAACGCUACUUAAAUCUCUCAACAUAAAUCCGCGGUGAUGUGCUGUACUUCGUAUAUUUCUCCAAAAUAUAAUCCAAUACCAAAGUCAUGUUUCGUCGAAAUAUUGCGCAUCACAUACGUCCGCUGUUGAUGCUGCUCGCCGGCCUUAUAAUCGGCUUCUCAUUCUCACAGCAGCUACGCAAUAAUGAUUGCGCCUUUCGCCUGGGCUUUCCCAGUGGCAUCUUCUCCGCGAGAGAAGACGAAUAUGAUGGCCACGCAAUACAGCUACUGCCGGCCGAAGCUGAUGAACUGCUGACGCGAACUGUCAUUGCGACUACAGAUAAUAAUACGCUAGCGGCGCAGUUGUACAAUGAAACGCGUGUGCUCUGUUGGGUGCUCACCAGUCCCGCUAAUCAUGCCAAAAAAGCGAUACAUGUCAAAAAAACCUGGGGCUCACGCUGCAAUCGCAUAUUGUUCAUGAGUUCGGAGAGUGACAAGGAACUGGAUAGCGUGAAAUUACCGGUUAAAGAAGGGCGUGGCAAUUUGUGGCAUAAAACACGAGAGGCGAUGAAGUAUAUAUACGAACAUCACUACGACGAGGCCGAUUGGUUUCUGAAGGCCGACGAUGACACUUACGUCAUUGUGGAAAAUUUACGCGCCUUCCUAUAUCCCUUCGACAGCAAAGCGCCCGUCUAUUUCGGUUGCAAGUUCAAGAAAUACGUGCGACAGGGCUACAUGUCGGGCGGUGCCGGCUAUGUGUUGAGCAAGGAGGCUGUUAGACGCUUUGUGGAGGAAGCCUAUCCAAAUGAGAAAAUCUGUCGCAAGCGUUCCGGUGGUGCUGAGGAUAAAGAAAUGGGUGUUUGCCUACAAAAUGUGGGCGUGGUGGCUGGCGAUUCACGUGACGAGUACAAACGUGGUCGCUUCUUUCCGUCGGGUCCACAGGGACACAUUAUACCUAAAAACAAGUCGGCCUGGUACUGGCGUUAUAUAUUUUACAAAACCGAAGAUGGUCUCUUUUGUUGUUCGGAUUAUGCGAUAUCUUUUCACUAUGUGCAACCCUCCUACAUGUAUGUGUUGGAUUAUCUUAUAUAUAGUUUGCGUCCAUUCGGGAAUUUCAAACAGAUCGAAGCACUGCCAGCGAAACGCAAUAUGACUGAUUUGUUAGAAAAGUGGCGGAACGAAGAGUCCGACAAUCCUUUAUAAGUACCUAUAUGUAUAAAUAAUACUUACGGGAAUUGAAAAAAGAUUAAUAAGCAAUAGACGAUCUUAAUAGAGUUCAGAUGAGCAUCUCAAAAUAAUUUGAAAAACUCGAGAGAGCAUUCGAGAAAACUUGCAAAAUUGGGAAGUUUGACUCAUAAGUCUUUGUACGUACUUAUGUAUAUAUUCCAUUAUUGUCAUUAUGGUGCUUUAUGUCAUUAUUUAUUAUAUAAACCUAGGCUGUUGUACAAUCGACUAGUAUAUAAUAGAAAAUAACCAGAUCUUUCUAUGUAUCAUAAUUAACUUAAUGAAUAUUUAAAAAUAAAAUCAAUUGUGUAUUCCUUAAUUCAUAUUGGACAUUAAAUGGUGCCACUAUAUGUACUUGUGCUGUGUCGUAAAUUAGAAC